CAUUCAAAUUUAUUCAUUGUUCAAAAAUCAUAGUGUUCAGUCAAGUACCUGCCUAGUUCCAUAACUGAGCAACGAGUCAUCAUGUUCUCGGACACAAUCCCUCAGAUUGAUUGCUCUGCAAUUGCUAACGAUUUCAAAAAUUUGGACGUAGACAAACUGUAUUGCGUAGCACAAGAAUUUGGAACAGCGAUGACGGGAAUCGGAAUGUGCUAUCUGAUUAACCAUGGCUUGGACAUGAAGAAGAUUGAACGAAUUUAUUCGGUGUCAAACAGCUUUUUCAAUUUACCUUCGGAAAUCAAAUUGAAAUAUAGAAAAAAGGGCUCAUCAAAUCACGGAUAUAGCUGCCCAGGUGACCAAAGCUUCACCGAAAAAACUUUCGAGUUGAAAGAGCUGUGGGAUAUUUCUGCGUGCUACGUAUACGAUAACGAUAAAUUGCCGAAUGCAGAAAUACCAGCAUUUCAAAUGGCAUUUGAUGAUAUCAGAAGUGACUUGGAACACAUUGUAAAAGUACUGUUGCGCUGCAUUGAAAUAUAUUUGAAUUUGGAAAGGGAUUCUCUCAUCUCGGCACACAAAAAUCUGGGGGACCGAACCGUUAGAACUCAUACACAAAUGCGUUCUCUUUAUUACGGUGUAAUAAAUUCGGAGGAACAGUUACCCACCAAUGCUACAAGAUUCGGAGAACAUAAAGAUUUUGGUACAUUGACUUUUGUCAUUCAAGAUCUGGUUGGUGGACUUGAGGUGAAAACAUCGAACGGCAAAUGGAUUCAGGCUGUUCCUGUAAAAAAUGCCAUUCUCGUCAAUAGUGGUGAACUCCUCGAAUACUGGACAGGCGGAAGAUUUCACGCUGCACCGCAUAGAGUUAGAAUCGAUCCAGAGAAUAAUCGGACAAACAUUCCUCGUCAGAGCUUUGUGUAUUUUGUAGACCCGGACGGAGACACUGAAAUAUAUCCAGCUCUACCAGUCUUACCACAAAAAGAAAAUGAUUUGCAACAUUACAACAACAAAGCCAUUGUUGCCUACGUCCACACCCAGGACCGAAUUGAAGCUUCUACGGUAUAUUCCAAUCUAGAUUAACGUAUCCAUCAAUUCUGAGACACUUGAAGAGUUUCCUAGAGAAUAGUAUUCUCAGAAUGCUCAUAAAAAAACACGAACGGCAGCAAUUCGAUUGAGUUAAUUUAUAUUGAAGAAUUCUAUCAAAAAUGGUGCAUCAGUCAACACACAGCAACAAAUGUUUAUGAUCUUUAGCCUCGAAGUGACGCUGGAUACUCUUACUCCUACCAAAUUUACCUAGGUAAAAUGAUUACCAUUCAAUAAAUCAUUCAGAAAUAUCAUUAAAUCGUGACGACUGCAUUUUCGUUUCAAUGAGACUGAAAUCAUUAUUCGUAAAAACUCAUAAAUAUAUUUGCGGUUGAAGCGCUGGGUACUGUAAUUAUAUUGAUAGGAAUAGCA